CGCAGGGCUCGCCGCGGGCAGGGGCGCACCCCGCGCCCUGAGGCGCCGGGAGCGGAGCGGGGAGGCCGGCACUGCGGGCAGGGGCGUGCUGCAGCGCGCAGGGGCGGGCCGCGGAGCCCCGCUGCCGGCAGCCGGCUCGCUCGGCGCCCCUCUCCGCGGCGCGCACACCCAGACAGGCGCACACACGGCGGUACCCGCCCCUUCUCCCCGCCGCCCUUCUCAUCCCCGUCCAUGGCGCUGAGCACGGCAGCCCCCCGCUCCGCACGUGGCGGUGGGGCGGCUCGGCGCGGGCAUGGACCGCGGUGACUUCCCCAGCCCGGGGGCGGCGGCGGGCGCUGAAACCUCAGACCUAAUGGAAACUGGGGGCGAUGCCAGAUCGGCACCUCGGCGGGGAGGCAGAGGAGGAGGAGGCGGCGGCCGUGGCGGGUUUCCAGGGACUGCCGAGCCCGGCGCUCCCCCGGCUGCGGAGACGAGCAUGAAUAUUGAUGGGCCCGUCGGUGGCGGGAGGAGCGGGGCGGCCGCCGCUGCGAUGCCGGGAGCCCCUGUCCCGCCGCUCCGCGCCCCCUGCUCCAGGGACCCCAAAAUGGUUCAUCAGCGGUUCCUGCGGAGGAGCGUGGUGGACUCGGACCAGGAGGAACCUGCUUUCGACCUGCCCGAGUCGGAGCACCAGAGGAAGAUCAUCCUGCUCCCGAAAACCAGGCGGAUAAUCGCGGAGAGGGCCAAGGCGGGGCACGGCGGGGUGGAGGAGGUGUGCCUGGGCCCCCAGCCCCCGGGGCAGCCGAAGGCAGCGCCGGCCCCUGGCAGCGGCGCGGGGGCUGAAGAGCAGAAGGAACCUGGCAAGGAGGUGGAGAGGAAAGAGGCGUCGGAUGCCGCCAGAGAUCAGAGCAAGGCUAAGAAAGAGGAGCCCGAGGAGGAGGCUGACAUGAAAGCGGUUGCCACCUCGCUGGAUGGCAGGUUCCUAAAGUUUGAUAUUGAACUCGGGAGGGGAUCCUUCAAAACGGUCUAUAAGGGUCUGGACACGGAGACGUGGGUGGAAGUUGCGUGGUGUGAACUUCAGGACAGAAAACUCACAAAAGUAGAGAGGCAGAGAUUUAAGGAGGAAGCAGAAAUGUUGAAAGGUCUACAGCAUCCAAACAUUGUGAGAUUUUACGACUUCUGGGAAUCCUGUGUAAAAGGCAAAAGAUGCAUCGUGCUGGUUACUGAAUUGAUGACCUCUGGAACGCUGAAGACGUAUCUGAAGAGAUUUAAAGUGAUGAAACCAAAAGUCCUGCGUAGUUGGUGCCGGCAAAUCCUGAAGGGUCUUCUUUUCUUGCACACAAGAACUCCGCCAAUAAUUCACAGAGACUUAAAAUGUGACAAUAUUUUUAUUACUGGACCAACUGGAUCUGUGAAAAUAGGAGACUUGGGUCUGGCAACCCUCAAGAGAGCUUCUUUUGCCAAAAGUGUAAUAGGUACACCAGAAUUUAUGGCCCCGGAAAUGUAUGAGGAACACUACGAUGAAUCUGUGGAUGUCUAUGCUUUUGGAAUGUGCAUGUUGGAAAUGGCUACCUCAGAAUACCCUUACUCAGAAUGCCAGAAUGCUGCUCAAAUUUACCGGAAAGUAACCUGUGGUAUAAAGCCAGCAAGCUUUGAGAAAGUUACUGAUCCUGAAAUUAAGGAGAUAAUUGGGGAGUGCAUUUGCAAAAAUAAAGAAGAAAGAUAUGAAAUUAAAGAUUUAUUAAGCCAUGCCUUUUUUGCUGAAGAUACUGGGGUAAGAGUGGAACUUGCAGAAGAAGACCAUGGUAGGAAAUCCUCUAUUGCCUUAAGACUCUGGGUAGAAGAUCCUAAGAAACUGAAAGGAAAACCCAAAGAUAAUGGAGCCAUUGAGUUUACUUUUGAUCUGGAGAAGGAAACUCCUGAUGAUGUUGCACAAGAAAUGAUUGACUCUGGAUUUUUUCAUGAAAAUGAUCUCAAGAUAGUUGCAAAGUCAAUACGUGACAGAGUAGCAUUAAUACUAUGGAGAAGAGAGAGAAUUUGGCCUAGGAUGCAGUCAGAGGAACGGCGGGACUCCGAAUGUCUGGAGAAGUUGAAGACGCCGCAUGCACAGCAGGUCCAGGUCACCUACCUUUCUCACACUGGUCACCAUGUCCUGUCGGAGUCGGAGGAGCCAGAGGCGGACCAGCAUCCCUUUCAGCAAAACCUGCCCACCAGCGUCACGUCUGUUGCGUCUGACAGCACAUUUGACAGUGGCCAGGGGUCCACUGUUUAUUCAGACUCCCAAAGCAGCCAGCAAAGCGUCAUCUACUCGUCUCUGCCAGACCCGGCACCUCCGACUAUCCAACGGGUGUACAGCCCCCCUCUGAGCGAGAGCCAGGCUGUGCCCCAUAGCCUUCAGCAGCUGGGGCACUACCAGCAGCCCUCCGGACCUGGCCUCUCCGCGGUUCAGGCUGCACCCGCGGUGGUGUCCCAGCGGCCCCAGCACUACCAGGAGCCAGCGAUGCCGUUCCCUGUCGUCCAGCCCACCACCGUUGCCUCGCUACCGCUGGGGCAGCCGCAGCCAGGGCUGGCUGGUCAGCAGCAGCCAGCCAUGUCACAGCAAGCUUCUCUGCAGCAGGUGCUUGCCAGCCAGCCGGUCUGCCCAAUCCAGCCCGCGCCCCAUCUCUUGCCCCCGUACCAGCCACAGAGCUCCCCGGUGGCAGCCAGCAGCACACCGCUGAAACCCCUUCAGAUUUCUACCGUGCCACAGCUUCCCCCGGUGGCCCCUUCCCAGAUUCCUCAGUUUCCUGUCAUUCCUGCAAUUACUCCUCUGGCAGGACUUGACAGCCUUCCUCCAAACCUCUCUGAUAUACCUGCUGCAAACGUGCCCCCCAUACCUGCUCCUUCUCAGUAUUUUGCUCCAGCCGUGAUUUUACCCAGCCUCCCCAUGAACCCCGCUCUGCCUAUGGCACCGAACUCCCCCGCCCUCCCCAUGCAGGCAGUCAACCUUCCUCAUACGACCGUGGCUUCUUUGGUCUUACCCUGCCAAACAAUAGUGCCAAAUAUGUCAGCCGCGACGAUACCGUUGCUUGCUGUGGCUCCGCCGGGAGUGCCGGCGCUGCCACCGCAUCCCGGGGUGCCCCAGCUGCCCCAGCAGCAGAUGUACCAGACCGCCUUCCAGCAGAUCAUUCAGAGCGAAGCGCCCUCUCCCCACCACGCGCAGAGCACGCCAGCCGUGUCCCAGCCGCAGCAACCUCCACCUCCUCAGGCGCUUCAGCCAAGCGUAAUCCAUCCUUCAGAACAGACUUUGCCUGCGCCCGGGGCUGGUCACCAGCAGAUGACUGGACACACGCAGUACGCUUUGGAAGCUGGAGCCCAGGUGCCUGUGCUGCCGGUGCAACCUUCGAUAGUCAUGUCACCGCCUUUGCAGUUGCAGCCUGAACUGUUGCCUCCCCGCGUCGCUCCAGAAGGCAUUUCCCAGAUUCAUGGCAGCCUUGCUACGGCGAGUCCGCCUGUCCCCAUAGAUCAUUGUCUGCCUCUCCAGCCUUCUGGUCUGCUGCAGCUUCAGCCCGAGCUCCCCCAGCCGCUGGGUCAGCAGCUCCCAGCUCCCUGCUCAGCUCUCCAGCCAGUCGCGGAGACGUCUCAAGAGGAGCAGGCAAUACAGGACAAACUUCAGACUCUGUCACAGAGCUGUGAAAGCUACAUGAGUCCAGAUGUUGCUUCAGGUAAAGAGAUGAGUGACAGCUUUGAAGGAGCAAUAGGAAGUGGAAAACAAGAAGGAAAGUCUUCAAAGAAACAUAAGAAAUCUACACGCGCUCGUUCGCGCCAGGAGAAGUCCAGCAGACCCAAACUGACCAUAUUAAAUGUUUGUAACACGGGCGAUAAGAUGGUGGAGUGCCAGCUGGAAACACACAAUCACAAAAUGGUGACUUUUAAGUUUGAUUUGGAUGGUGACGCACCAGAGGAAAUCGCUACUUACAUGGUAGAGAAUGAAUUCAUACUGCAGAGUGAAAAAGAGACGUUUAUUGAACAAAUGAAAGAUAUUAUUGAUAAAGCAGAAGAUAUGCUCAGUGAAGAUACAGAAGGAGAGCGAAGUUCUGAUCAGGGAACGAGUCCCCAACAAGAUACCGAUAGACUGGAAAUGAAUGAGGAGAAGCGGCAGUCUCAAAUGAAGACACCUGUGUAUCAACAGAAUGUUUUGCAUACUGGAAAAAGGUGGUUUAUUAUAUGUCCCGUUGUGGAAAACUCUGCUACUGAUGCACCAGAAUUUUCUCCGCCGGUACCUCAGAGUACACAGCAGGCUGAAGGGCCAGAUCUGGAACAGUCGGAUGAUCAGCAAGCGAGCUCUGCGGUGACAGAUCUGCCCGGUGUCUUACCUGGUCAGCAGCUUCCCCUGCAAGCAGGUGUAUGUGACAGCCCCAUGGGAGCCUCUCCGUCCCUGGCGCAAGUUCCUGCCGCAGCAUCAACUGCCGGCUUGCUGAGCCAGGCAGAGUUCUCGGCUCCAGUGCUCCCAGGAUCUGCUCCAAAUAUCCUAGAGCAGGCGGCUGCUAACGGAGGUCCGCUGAAGGCAGCGAUACCCGGUCAGCCGGGCACUCCUGCCCCCCGUGCCGCCUUGCUGGAGGAGCCUUCCGACGCUGUCCUUGCUCCUCAGCACCUGCAGCCGCAGCCCGACGAGGGCACGUGCAUCCCUGACGUGGAGAUAGCGUGCUGCAGCGUCGGGCCGCACAAGUCAGUCCCGGCAGCUCCUGCGAAGGCAGCAGAGCUCUGCCCGCUCCCCGUGCUCCCGGACGCCGUCGUUUUGGAGCGGCAGCCUGUGGCGCAGGUCCCUCACCUGCCGGAGGCCAGCCAGCCCGGCGUGGUGCCGCACUCCUUCGUGAGCCAGGCAUUCCCUGCAACCGCCGCCUCUGAUCCUCUUGGUCUGGCAGGGUCUCAGCUGCAGAGCCCUACUCAGGUGCCAGCGGCCGCACCGCAGCAGCACGCCAUGCUGUCCCAGGCGCAGCCCCUAGCCUGUGCCGGUGUGGGGAUCAGCCUGCUGCAACAGCAGCCACCUGGCACCGCCGAGUCCGACGGAGAGGGGCCACCCAGGGUGGACUUCGUUGACAACACAAUAAAAAGCCUCGACGAGAAAUUGCGCAAUUUGCUUUACCAGGAAUACGUUCCUACUUCUUCUGCAUCGGCAGGGACUCCAGACACCUCUGUCCCAUUAGAACAGGGCGACAGCGAAUUGAGCUUGCCGCCUUUUCCCGAAGAUCACGUUCCCACAUUGGCAUUGGAUUUGAGAGAACCUGGCCGUAACGUUGCAGACACCGGGCAGGAGGUGAAAGCUGCUGCCGAGGCCCGGUUGGUGCCACUCAUACCGUCGGAGAUGUCCCCCUACCCAGCACCGUUUGAGAAGUUGGAGGUCACCGGCAUCAGUGCUCAUUCCUCGGAAGCAGGAGGUGGGUCAGCAGGCAGAAAAGGUUCAGCUGCAAGCAUCACUUCAGCUCCCGCUGCUACAACAAAAGGCCUCCUUCAGGUUGCACCUACAUCACCAAGCAUAACUAAACAGAUGGAAACUUCUAAAAGGAGCGAGAAGGCAAAGACUGUGACUUCGUCUGCGCACACGGAUAAUGUAACGCAGAUAUCUACAGCAGAUGGGGUGAUAAAUAACCUUCAAAGGGAUGACUCUCUAGACUCUGGUUCCUAUGGAAAACAGGCUGAAGCUCAUGAUAGCGGUACACCAGCCAAAACUAUUGGCAGGUUUUCAGUAAUCAGCACGCAAGACGAAUUAACUUUAACAGCGCCGCACUGCUUAAGGUUCUCGGCACCCCCAGACGUCUAUUUGGAUGAGCUGCCUUCCAGCCCUGAUCUGAAGACAGCUGUCCGACGGGUGCAGACGGCAUCUUCUGUCGAUGUCCUCUGCGACCAGGGUUCAAGUGAUUCUGCUGAUGAGCCUUUCCAUCGGCAGUCAGCUGCGGCUGCCCAACUGUCCCCCCCGAGCAGUAGCGCAGCCACUGACUUAAUUAAAAAAGCAGCUGCUUUCCUGCAAAGAUCUGGCAAGACUAGCUCGCCGGGCCUUGAGUCACCUAACGGGCAAGGAGCUAAAAUUCCUACCAUCAACAUAACGUCUUUCCACUCACAGUCAUCCUACAUGAGCAGCGACAACGACUCGGAAUUUGAAGACGCAGAUAUGAAGAAAGAAUUGCAGAACCUGAGAGAAAAGCAUAUGAAAGAAAUUGCUGAACUUCAGACUCAACAGAAAAAUGAGAUAGAGGCACUGUAUAUUCGGUUAGGGAAACCCCUUCCUCCCAACCUGGGGUUCCUUCACUCAGCCCCACCAAGCAGCCGUCGCCGAAGAACCAGCAAAAAUAAAUUGAAAGGUGGAAAACUAUUAAACCCUCUGGUCCAGCAGCUCAGGAGUGGAACAUCAAGCACAAGUAAUCUUUCAGACUCUAAAGACUCACCCCACAAAGAAACCACUAAAACUCAGCCUGGCUCUCCAGAAGCAGCAGCAGUCACUUCCCCAGCACCGGCCGCCUUUGGGAAGGCUGUUCAGACACAGCAGCCCUGCUCCGUCAAAGCCUCUUUGUCUUCUGACAUCUGCUCCGGCUUAGGCCCCGAAGGAGGUGACGUGAACGCGAGCUCUGGCCAAGGCUGGACGGUUUUCCACCAAACGUCUGAGAGAGUGACCUAUAAAUCUAGUAGCAAACCUCGUACCAGAUUCCUCAGUGGACCUGUGUCUUUGUCCAUCUGGUCCACCUUGAAACGACUAUGUCUAGGCAAAGAUCACAGUAGUAGAUCCUCGACAAACAGUCUCGUAACGUGUCCUGAGCCCCUCCCGCAAUCAACCCUGCAGGUUCAGGCCAACAACAGUAACAACAAGAAAGGGACGUUCACAGACGAUCUUCACAAGCUGGUUGACCAGUGGACAAGCAAAACUGUUGGAGCUGCACAGACAAAACCUUCUUUAAACCAACUGAAGCAGAACCAAAAAAGGCAAGACAUGGAGCCAAAGGCUAAUCCCAUGCAAACACAGAAUGAGACAUGUGGAGUUAAUUCGGUAAGAACGGGAUUGGGGAAAAAGUGCGUUGUUCCAGCGUCUUGCCCCGUGCCCGCUGCGUUAGCUCCUGGAGCUUCGCCGUCCCUGCCAGUGCCUGUGCCAGGGCCUGCCCUUUCUGGCACGGUGCCGCCUUACCUGAUGCCUCUCUGUCCCUACGGAGGAGUUUUCCCUACACCUGUUUACGGAGUGCCGUGGUCGGGGCCGGCCGCGCAGCCCGGCCUCGCGCGGUUCUCGCCUCUCGGCAAAACCUGCUUGCAGAUGUACCCGGUGCCGCUGCAGCGACCCGCUGCCGAGCCGCCUGGCCCGCACCUGCGGAUGACGUAGCUCGGUGGCCUCGCCAUAGGUAACGGUGAUUUUGGCGUUGUCACGUGGAGUGUUUGAUCUGUAGAUGCCAUAUGUGUUGGACGAGGCGGGGGUCCGGGUGAGGCCCGCUAGCGUACACAGCCAUACACCGCAUCCAGCAAUCACUGUGAAAUGGUCUCACAAAAGAUAGCGCGUCUGUUACGGCAAUAUCUGCUUCCGUUGCAUCGCUGAAGACACUUUAUUCUGUUGUGUUCUGGUGUUUUACACUUGCGAUCCUUAAAGUCGAUGUACUUGAAUUGAUGAUUGGAAAAUUGUACUAACCCCUGCAGGAGUACAGUGCCUUGAAUCUCAGCUUUUCAGUUCCAGCUGGAAAGAGAUGUAAAAUUAUUCGAAAGGUGUAUUUUAUUUACAAGCUGCUUGCGAGUUGAAGUUCUUUUUAUUUGCGAAAAUAUUGAAGGUUUACAGUCGACGUUCUUCAUCAGUUUCAUUCUGCUGUAAAUGCUUUUAUUUUAAUUCACGGGUCGAAUUUUCAUUUCUGAAGCUUUUUUAAAAAAAAAAAAAAAAAUUGUGAGGUGAGAUUUGUUUGAGAUGCCGAUCAAAAAAUCGUUUGUGUUUGUACAAGGAGUAGUGAAAUGCACAUUUUAAAAUAGGAGCAUUUACAGAGUGAUCCAAGUAAGUUGUAUAUAAGGACAGGUAACAGCUUCGGGCAGUGCAAUUCAUUCUCUUCCUCAGUCUUUGGGAAAAGUUGUUGUAGACGGCAACUUAUUUCUGUAACCGGCAGGCAAAUCCUGUUUUCUUCUGGAUCGGCAGCAAAUUGCAUUACGUUUUCUUUGCCAUACUGGGCUUUUCUAAUUCAGUUAAAUUGCAAAUUCACGCAUGUUCCCCAAGUGAAGAAAUCUAACUCAAAUCUUGAUUGUAGGAGAACCCGUCUCCGUUACUGUACGAACCGUGUAAGUACAGCACUCGCGUGUGGUCUGGCUUCGGUUCGGCCGCCGAGGUUAAGAACGGUGUUUUGCCACUGACGCGCUAGCAGCAUCCACACUAAAACGGAAUAAAAAUGUGAAGCUAUUCUUUUUCAUAUCUGAUACUUCGGUUUUGGAGUCUCACCAACUCUUGUUUGAAAUUUGGGGUUUUUUUUUUACUUUUUUUAUCUUUUUUUCUUUUUAGCGUUAAUUAAGUUUGCGCUCUAGGUGGCGUGGACACCCCUCUCCUGUUUGAAAGUUGCUUUUUGCCCAUUUUACUGUGCGUAGAGUCUCCGCCUGCACCUCUCGUUCUAAAGGCACAAGAUAACCACUAAAACUGAUUUGCUGAUGGUAAGUCUCCUUUCCCUCGGAAGCGCUAAGGGCGAGCAUCCCAGGUCGCAUCCGAAGGCACGAUGCUCGGGAUCUCCGCUGCGAUGACGUUUUACACUGUCUGCUGGAGGGCAGAGAUGUCUUGUGCUGCCAAGCUGUGAAUUGUAUAGUUCUAUUGUACUUCGAGCAUUAUAUCUGUCUAAAUUAUUUUGUUUGUACCCUUUGAAAAUAUUAUUCCAUCAAUUCAGUUAGAAUUGAAUUUUAUAGAGAAAUAUGCAGAGUCUUCUGCCUGGGCAAAAUACUUACUGUAGUAAGAGAUUUCUGUUCUCUGUAACAUGUAUCUUUAAUUUGUUUGGGUUUUUUAGAGUCACAUCUGUAUGCUUCAUGAGCAAACAUGGAAAAUAUGUUCUCACACCAGUUUUCCUUCAGCUUGCACUGAAUCUUACAGUUUAUGUCGCUAUUGCCUGUUGUAUAGUCCAUCCCUUGUAUACUGACAAAGUCAGUGGCACUAAAAACCCCGAGAAAUUGUAUAGAUUAAAAAGAAGAAAAAUAAACAUUUUGUGCUUGAAAAUUGUGUGAAAAACCCAGUGUUUUUCUAAAACGUAGACUUGUGUCCGUUCCCAGCUGUUCCGGGUAACUUUACAUUUGUUUUCCAGACUCUUAUCCCUUGACUUGCGUAGAAGGAGCAGACAUGAUGCCUCCGCUGUCUCUCAGGUUCUGCCCCUAACUGACGUGUCCCACCUCUUGGCAGCUGUAGGAGCCACACGGUGCCCCGGAAGUCGCGUAGUGCCACCUCGCAGGUUACGUUGCCUGAAGUUCCCCUGCCCGCUGCAGCGUUUCCGGGGUCGCGCUGCUGCAAAGCAGACCAGACCGGAACAUUAAACGGGUUCCUCUAAGCAGGUGGUGCCUUCAGUAUGGUACGCGCGAGGAUGGCAGAGUUUGGUAGGCCGUGCAAGAGGCGUGUGGACUGCGUCUCUCCUGCACUGAAAAGCGCUAGGGAAGCCCUUUUAACUUGAUCCUGGCGUCACGUAAAUGCGAGGAAGCGAAGAUACGACGUUCAGCCUCGAUGCAAGAGCCCUCUUGGCAGUCGCCAUCGUUGGUGUAGGCUGCAGGAGAAGGGAUGUGCAGGAAGAGGUUUGAUGCGCCUGCUUCUGUCUUCCUGUGCAUCCGACCCACGCGGCUUUGCUGUAUGUGCUGCGCGCGUUCGAAGGUCCGUGGCCUGUGCUGCAGCUCGCUGGGAGGCUUCCUCCCCCGGGCCGGCGGCUGCGUUGCAUGCGCUGUGUGCCCGGGCAGAGCCGGCGGCGGGCAGCCUGCGUGAGCGAGGCUUGAACGCAGCUUCCAAACGUCCAGUGGGUGUGUUCCUAACCAUCGCAUCUCUAGCUGGUACUGGGGCCACACAGCGGCUCUGAGGCUGAUGCUGGCAUUUCGGUAUUCAGGAUUUUAAUUUUCCAAUAGCUGUCUUGGCUGCAAUUUUCUAUUAACCUCAAGCUCUGUGUUGUUACCCUCGAUGGUGCCGAUGGCAUCAAAGGGUUCUCUGACCCUCGGUGGCAGUUAAGCAAAUGACGUGAGAUGAAAAAAAUGGGACAACUUCUUGAGCAAAAGGUGAGCAAAGGAGCAAGAGGGACCCGAGGGGUCCGUGCUGUGCCGUCAGAGGUGGGGGGGUCUGUACCCAAAAAGACAUUCCCCUGCAGAUCCCAGAACCGAACUGACUUUAUUCCCAACUUUGACUAUUGCUUUGAUGUGCAGCAACCAGGGGUCAAACCCGCUGCGCAGAAUUCCUUGCCUCGCCAGUUGCAGGCCUGCAGCCGUGUGCCGUAGCUCUGCCAUCUCCUGACGUUCCCAGCGCUGCUCUGCAAGGACGCGUGUGCCGGCAGUACGGAUCCUCAGCUUUAAAUACGAGGUUUCGAUGGGGGAGUUCGCAGAUCCCCCAAUUUUCAAUCUGUUAGAACUUGUAGAAACUUAAUACAAAUAUUGAAAGAAUGUUUUAAACUGCCAAGUCACCCACCCAGUAGUUUGGAAUUGCCAAAUUAAGUUUGCGCAUAUGCCGCUAAUUUGGCUCUCCAUUUGCCGUACAUCGUGAUGGAGUAUCUAAGAGCGUAAUGGCAUCCUGUUUUCCCACCGCAUCCCCGGCUUGCUUGGAGCGGGGUCGGGCGGGGAGGAGAGCUGGUGCUGCUCGUCUGCCGCGGGGAUGCAAAGUGGGCAGCGGAGGUGGCAGGGAGAAACGUCUGAGCGGUUUGAGGCUCUUCUGCAAAUCCCAAUUCAACCUCCCUGACACAGAUUUCAUUCAAAAGAAUGAUGUAAAAUUGUCCCUUGCGGUUUCUUUGCAUGUUUAACUCUGGUCUUCGUUCCACAACUUUAAAGAGGAAAUAUUACUUAACUAUUGCUUUACACCUACCUCCAAAGCGCUUCUUUUUUGCUGUCUGUUGUUUAACUUCUUUAUUUUUCUCUGAAAUAUUUGCCGUUGGCUGGUAUCGGAGACAAGGCAAGGGAUUGAAUGGGCUGAAUGUGGCGGUUUCUUUGCUCCCACAGAGAUAUUCGUGUUCAGGAACAGGGCGCUCUCGUGCUAAAUGGCAGUAUUUCCAAAAUGAACUUAACCAAAUUGCGGGGUUUGUCGUUUGGUAUGUGUGGUAGGAAAUCCCUAAUACUUUUGAAUCAGUCGUUAGUUUAACUUGGCUUUGUCAAUAGUUGCUCUUUCCCUUCAAGCUUUUUUUUUUUUUUUUUUUUGUCCCAGUGCACGCUAUUUUCAAUUCCGAGAACAUUCAGAAUUUUUCCAAACAAGCCCCGUCCUUCUACAUUCUUUGGAAGUUGGCCUUGGCGAGUGAUAAUCAGAAGUCUCCCUUCUGAAACUAUUUGACCUCAGCAUUGCUUUCCCUGUCCCCCCCACC